AUGCAAUUGCUAUCGUUCCUAGCCCUCACGGGUCUCGCUGGCACCGCCGUCGCGAGGAGCGCGCGGUAUGCGAAGAAGGGCCUCGAGCUUCCUCGGCCGCGCUAUGGGUAUCCGGAGCGCGCGGGUACGCUCGAGAAACGCGCGGCGGAGCCGUUGAUUGCGCAGAAUAACAUGACUGCGAGUAAGUCUAAGUACGUCGUGAACGGCACCGCGGGCGCGAUUCCUGAAGUCAACUUCGAUAUUGGAGAGAGCUAUGCAGGGCUCAUGCCGAUUAGCGAUAAGGCGAAUGAGACGGAUCAGUUGUACUUUUGGUUCUUUCCCAGUGCGAAUCCGGAUGCGGGGGAUGAGAUUACGAUUUGGUUGAAUGGGGGUCCUGGUUGCUCAUCCCUCGAAGGCUUUCUGCAGGAAAACGGCCCUAUUUCCUGGCAGUAUGGGACACCGCAUCCCGUUUACAAUCCGUGGAACUGGGCCAAUCUUACCAACAUGGUGUGGGUGGAGCAGCCGGUUGGCACCGGCUUCUCUCAAGGCACCCCGACGGCGACGAGCACCGAGGAGGCGGCGCAGCAGUUCCUGGGCUUCUGGAAGAACUUCUUGGAUACGUUUGGUUUGACUAACAGGAAGGUGUAUAUUGCGGGCGAGUCGUAUGCGGGCAAGUACAUCCCGUACUUUGCGGAUGCUAUGCUGGAGAGGAAUGAUACGAGCCAUUAUGACGUGAAGGGCAUCUUGAUCUACGACCCGAGCGUUGCGUCGGAUGCGCUUCUGGAGGACGUUCCCGCCGUCCCCUUCGUCGACCGCUGGGAAGGCCUCUUCAACUUCAACAAGACCUUCAUGGCCGAUAUCCACGCGCGCGCCGACAAAUGCGGCUACACCGACUACAUCGACACCUACCUGACCUUCCCGCCGCCGAGCAAGCUGCCCGAGCCACCCAGCUCCGCGGCCGACGAAGGCUGCGCCAUCUGGAACGACAUCGUCAACGCCGUCUUCCUGACCAACCCUUGCUUCGAUAUCUACCAGGUCGCAACCACGUGUCCUCUGCUGUGGGACGUGCUCGGCUUCCCCGGCUCGUUUGGCUAUCUUCCCCCGGGCGAGAUGGUAUACUUCAACCGCACCGAAGUCCAGAAAGCCAUCAACGCGCCCGUAGGCGAAUGGGAAGAAUGCUCCAACGGCGUGCUCGACAUCGACACCUCCGUCUCCUCGAGCUACUCGGUGCUCCCGCGCGUCAUCGACGCGCUCGACCGCACAGUCGUCGUGCACGGCGAUCUCGACUUCAUCCUGCUCUACAACGGCACCCUCCUGACGAUCCAGAACAUGACGUGGGGCGGCAUGCAGGGCUUCCAGGCCGCGCCCAGCGCCGACUUCUACGUCCCCUACCACGCCGACUACAGCCUGGAGAGCUUGAGCGCCGCCGGCGUCAUGGGCAUCACGCACACGGAGCGCAAGCUCACCUGGGUCCAGCAGGCGCUUAGCGGGCACAUGGUGCCGCAGUAUCAGCCGAGUAGUGGGUAUCGGCAGUUGGAGUUUUUGCUCGGCAGGAUUGAGAGCUUGACGAGUACGGUGCCGUUUACCACGAUGCCGGAGGGGAAUGCGACGAGUGUGAAGAGGGAGGUGGGUGUUGUGAGGGGGUUUGAGGAGCUGAGGAAGUGGUAUUGAGGGGGAGGAGUAGGGAGCGUGUUGGUGGAGAUGCGGGAUGAUGCGAUGAAAACGAAGUAAUGUUUAUUCUUAGUCAGUACAUACUUUUGAGAUGGGUAUUAGGAAGAGAAGAGUCGAAAUAACCUCCGGCACCAAGGCGCCG